AUGGACAACGCCAACCUGUGGACUCGUCGGGCAAACUCCUCCAAAUUGUCACUUUCGAUGUCCGGCACGGACGGCAAGGACGGUGCUCGCGUUGACCUGCCCCGCCCAUCCAAGCGCUUCGGCCCUGACAGCUCCCACGGUCGUUCAAAUCCAUUCAAUGCGAUCUCUCCACUCUCUGCCGGUGUCUCGUCCCCCUCAACCAACGCCUCGUCGGCUUUCGCACUGGGCACCGGAGCUUUCGCCUCGUUUGGUGCGCCCAAGACCCCCGGCGGCUCGACGGAUGUCAAAACUCCAGGUGAAAAGCGCGACGCUCUGACAGACCAGAAUGACUCAACGCGGUCCAAGGGGCUCGUCAAUGGCCAGGUUGGAGCGGGAGAGCACCCGCUGAAGUCUACCUGGAUCGUCUGGUAUCGCCCACCCACCCCAAAGUACUCCGAUUAUGAGAAAUCGACGGUACCCUUGGCGUCGAUAGCAUCCGUCGAGAGUUUCUGGGCGGUCUAUUCGCACCUGAAGCGGCCAUCGCUUCUCCCUACCGUGUCGGAUUAUCAUAUCUUCAAGAAGGGAAUCCGGCCGGUUUGGGAGGACGAGGCCAACAAGCGGGGUGGCAAGUGGAUCGUCCGGCUGAAGAAGGGUGUCGCCGACCGGUACUGGGAGGAUCUACUGCUGGCUUUGGUGGGUGACCAGUUCGCCGAGGCGGGCGACGAAGUCUGUGGUGCGGUACUGAGCGUGCGCGGAGGUGAGGAUGUCUUGAGCGUGUGGACAAAGAACGACGGUGGUCGUAAUAUUAAGAUCAGGGAGACCAUCAAGCGCAUGCUCGCAUUUCCCGCCGACACCAACAUCGUCUGGAAGAGCCACGACGACAGUAUUGCCCAGCGCUCUGCCAUUGACCAGGCUCGCCAAGAGAAGACUCAAAUCACUACCUCCAACCCAACUGGCCAUUCUGGAGUGGAGCGGCGUCGCGCCGGCCAUGACGACGCGGACAAGGGCAAGGGUAGUCCCGCCCUGUAA